AUGCGCCGCGUGCUGCGCAAACCCCAGCCGCAGCAGCAGCAGCAGCAGCAGCAGCAGCAGCAGCAGCAGCAGCAGCAGCAAAUGGGGACUUACUCCUGCAGCAGCCCAGCCAAUCAAAAGCGGCAAAGCCCCCACAAGAGACCCCACAUGAGUGCAGUAGGGGGGGCGCCGCUGACUCGAGCAGCUGCAGCAGGAGCCUCUGCAGCAGCAGCAGCAGCAGGGGCAGCAGCAGCAGCAGCAGCAGCAGCAGUAGAGGCAGCAGCAGCAGCCGCAGAGGCAGCAACAACAGAGGACGCAGCAACGGCAGCAGCCACAGCAGCAGCGGAGGCCGCGGACAAAAGUGCAGCAACCGGGUCAGAGGAAGCAGCAGCAGCAGCAGCAGCAGCAGCAGCAGCAGCAGCAGCAGCAGCAAUGGCCACUUUGCGAUGUCUCUGGAUUAUCGCCUGCAGCAAAUGCAGCAGCUGCGAGGGGCCCCCCUCGGGGGGCCCCCUGGGGGGCCCCCCGGAGUCACUGCAGCACAGGGUACCGCUGCCGCUGCCUUUCUGGAGAAGUGUUACUACUAGAGCUGCUAACCGCAGCAGCAAAUCUGCUGCUGCUGCUGCUGCUGCUGCUGCUGCUGCUGCUGGGGGCCUCGGGAGAAGCAAGGGCACCCGCCUUCAGCAGCAGCAGCAGCAGCAGCAGCAGGAGCCGCCAGCCACUGCUGCUGCAGCAGGACUGCAUUCUGCUGCUGCGGGUGCUGCUGGAGGCGAAAAGGCAGCAGCAGCAGCAGCAGCAGCAGCAGCAGCACCGAGUCCUCGGCAGCAAGUGUCGCCGCCGUCGGAGACAGACCAGGGUUCCCCAAAGGGCGACAGGGGGCCAGCAGCAGCAGCAGCAGCAGCAGCAGCAGCAGCAGCAGGCAGCUGGACUGCUGCUGCUGCUGCUGCUGCUGGUGCUGCUGUGGGGCCCCACCCUGUUGUCUAUGACGAAGGCUGUACUGCGCGGCUGCUGUUUUCGCGGGCCUUUCAGUCAGCAGAAACCAGGUGGAGGCGAUUAGCCGUAAGUGCUGCUGCUGCUGCUGCUGCUGCUGCUGCUGCUGCUGCUGCUGCGGCUGCUGCUGCUGCUGGUGGUGCUUGCUGCUGCAGCGGCGGGGCCCUUGCUGCAGCAGCAACUCUGCAGCAGCUGGUGGUGUGCGCGUCUGAGGCGUCUCGCCGCCUCCGCGUGUGCUGCAGAAAAUAUCACCGUCCGUUUGCUGCUGCUGCUGCUGCUGCUGCUGCUGCUGCUGCUGCUGCUGUGCCGCUGCUGCUGCUGCUGCAGCGAGAUAUGUACAGCCCGCUCCCCACGGACGGCGAGCUGCUUGGCUGCUUUUUUUCCCAAGUGCUGCUGCCACCUGAGGACGACGUGACUUGUGCUGCUGCUGCUGCUGCUGCGGGGCCUGACUCCACAGCAGCAGCAGCAGCAGCAGCAGCACAAGGCUGGGGCCCCCCUCAGCAGCAGCAGCAGCAGCAGCGGCAGCACUUAUUCUUCCACGAUGUGCAGCAAGAAGCCAACUUCAAGGAGCCCACGUGGCCUUGCGGGCCGCUGCUGCUGCUGGCUGUGCCCCGCCACGGGGCCCCUCCCCUGCAGCAGCAGCAGCAGCAGCAGCAGCAGCAGCAGCAAAACCCAGCAGCAUGGGAAAGCCCUGCCGGAGCAGCAACAGCAGCAGCAGCUGCUGCUGCAAGCGAGCGCGAAUACGUGCACUGGGACAGCGGAGCGCCUCGGUGCAGCAGCCGGGCUGCUGCGGCCGAAGCAGCAGCAGCAGCAGCAGCAGCAGCAGCAGCAGCAGCAGGCUUCCUGUGGCCCGUGGCCUUCGUAAAAAGGAGACACUUGGGAGAAGAUGGCGGCGGCCGCUGCUGCUGCGGCAGCAGCUGCAGCACGGAACUUUUUGCUGUUGCUGCUCUGGCCUUGGAAGCAGACGCGCAGCCAGAGGAGACGCUGCCGCAAAACGUGCAGUGCUUCAGCUCUCUCCAGGCGACAGCAGCAUUUAGCUUCUUAAAUGAUCUCCUUGAGCUCUUCGUCGCCACUCUGCCCCCGCUUCCCGUCUCCGGCGCAGCAAGCGUCUCCCCAGCAGCAGCAGCAGCAGCAGCAGCAGCAGCAGCAGCAGCAGGCGGCCGCAGCGCCGGCCGCCACAAAGACAGCAGCAGCCGCAGGGGGCCCCCAGCAGCAAGGCCCGCUGCUGAGAAGAGCGGGGAGGGGGGCCCCCUUGCUGCAGCAGCAGGGGGCCCCAGUCCAAGAAGAAGGGCCCUGGGAGGGUUCAGUUUGCUGCUGCAGCUUGCUGCUCCCUUUGGGAGGCCUUUAGCCACAGAGCUGCGGCGGCUGCAGCAGCUGCUGCGGCUGCUGCAGGGGGCCCCCCCCGACUGCCUCAUGGAGGCCCUGUCCGACAAGCCCCCCGCUGCUGCUGCUGCUGCUGCUGCUGCUGCUGCUGCGCCUGAGCAGCAGCAGCAGCAGCAGCAGCAGGACUUGGUGCUGCCGCGAAAGCCGCUGCUGGAGGGGGCCCCACAGUCUCUUGCUGCGCUGCGGCGCAAAGCUCUGGCAGCACGGGGCCUGCCGCUGGACAUCCAGCAGCCGCAGGGCCCCCUGGACGUGAAGGCUCUGCUGCAGCGGAGGCCCCAAGAAGAGGCAGCAGCUGCAGCAACAGCAGCAGCAGCAGAUAGGCCACCGUGUCUUCGGCGGCUGCAGCUGCUGCAGUGGCGGAAGGAGCUGCAGCAACGCCAGCAGCAGCAGCAGCAGCAGCAGCAGCAGCAGCAGCAAGAGUGGAGUUGCAACCUGCAGCAAGAAACAGCAGCUGUGGGGCCCCGAGACGAAAGUCAAGAAGCUGCACAGGGGCCCCCUGUGGCCGUUUCCGGCUUUCGUGCCAGCGCAGCAGCAGCAGCAGCAACAGCGCGCAGCAGCAGCAGCAGCAGCAGCAGCAGCAGCAAGGGCCCCACAAGCGCGUCUCCCAGCAGGGCGCUGAGCGCUGCAGCCAAAGGCCAGGGGCCUGGGGGCGCCUCUGGCCCCACAGGCCCCCAGCUGGGGGCCCCCCGCAGCAGCAGCAGCAGCAGCAGCAGCAGCAGCGGCAGCAGCAGCAGCAGCAGCAGCAGCAGCAGCGUGACGAUAGAAGUGCAGAUUAAAGAGACAUUUAGCUGCCAGCUGAAGGGCAGAGAAGACCCGAAAAGCUUUCAGCAGGAAACAGCAGGCCAAGUGUGGCUGCUGUCUCCUUUGGGCCCUUUUGCUGAAGUGUCUCUUUCCCUCGCCUUCUGUGGGGCCCCAGCUUUGCCUUCUCUCAGCAUUCACCAAGCAGCAAGGAUUCAGACAGACCUGCAGGAGCAAGUGGCAGCAGCUGAAGGCGACGCAGCUGCUGCAGCACGGGGGGGCCCCCAGGGGGAGGGCCCCACAGCCCGCAUCACCACGAGGCCCCCUUUCCAGUCUUUGCUGCUUUGCAAAUAUUUUGUUGCUGCUCUCAAGCCCCCUCCCCUUUCAGGCGUGUACCAAGUCAAGGAAGUCUGCCCCGGGCUGCUGCGGCUGCUGCUGCAGCUGCGCGUAGCAGCAGCAGCAGCAAAGUGUCUCGACAGGCUGCAGGUGGCUUUGCCUUUCAGCCACAGAGGCGCUGUUGCGAAGGACGACCUCAAGGCCUCCCAGGGAACCUUCUGUUUGGUGAAUGAAGGGGAGGUGGUUCUGUGGACGAUCCCGACGCCUUUGGAGGGCGACCCAGACACUACACUAGGUGCUGCUGCUGCUGCUGCUGCUGCUGCUGCUGCUGCUGCUGCUGUUGCUGCUGUUGCUGCUGCUGGCCUUGAUUUUGCCCCUGAAAAUACUGCUUCUGAGGCAGAAGGAGGUGCAGCAGCGCAUUCUCUGUCUCUUUUGGGCGAGCUGACUGUCUCUCCACCCAAGGGGCCCACGCCACCUCAGCAGCAGCAGCAGCAGCAGCAGCCGCAGCAGCAAGCUGCAGCAGGUGAUCUGUACAGGGCAGAAGAGCAGCAGCUGCUGCAGCAGGCAGCAGCAGCUGCUGCAGCAGACCUUCCCCUGGCGAUGCAGCGCUUCGUGCUGCAGCAAACGCGGCUGCGCUACCAGCAGCAGCAGCAGCAGCAGCAGCAGCAGCAGGGCCCAUCCACAAAGACAACAGCUCCCCCAAAGGUUUCAACUACAAGCAGCAGCGCUGUCCGCAGCGACGGCAGCAACAGCGCCAGCAAAGGCAGCAGCAGCAGCAGCAGCAGCAGCAGCAGCAGCAGCAGCAAGAUGAGCUUUUUGACGGCUCGAGAAAAUAUGGUUUUAGAAAUGGGCACAAACAAUUUUGCUGCUGUGCUGCUGCUGCAAGGAAAGGGCCUCAGCGUUGUGGGGGCCUCCAUAAACCCCGCAGCAGUAGACGUUUUUGCUGCGGGCCGCACGGGGGACGCUGCUGCUGCUGCUGCUGCUGCUGCUGCUGCUGCUGCGCCUGCUGCUGCUGCUGCUGCUGCUGUGGACUCGUUCGCCAAGAAUGGAACUCUCAGCGUCAAAAUCGAGAAGUCCCUCAGCUCCGGGAGGUGCCUCAUUUGGAAUGUCUUGGGGGACUACAGACCAGAGCGUGUGACUUUGCGGUGGGACGACGAGGAGACGGAAGCAGCAGAAGAUCAGCAGCAGCAGCAGCAACAGUGGCAACAGUAG